AUGGUUGAUUCAUUUUCUAAAUACUUUUGGGCUGCUGCUUUGUUUGAAAAGCGUACCCUGGCUGUUAGUAAUACGUUUAUGAACGUGUUCAGCACCUCGGCUUCCCUUUUAUAUUUCAUACAGACAAUGGUAGAGAAUUUUGCAAUACCGGUGAAUCAGAUAUAUGCAAUGAAUUUAAUAUUGGGCAUGUUAAAGGUAG